UAAUAAGAUGAUGCUAAGUUUCAGCUUCAUCUGCAGCUUCUGUUACAAUUAAGUCGUGUUGGUGUUUCUACAUUUCUAAAAUUGCUCUAGCCAUCACAAGCCAUUUGGCGAUUUGUAAACGAUUGUUUUAAACGAAUGAGGUAUGCACAAAAGAUCAUGUCCAGGACCGCUAACAAGAAAAACAUUACUGCCAAAAAACAUACGACUACGAUAUGUCAUAUGACUGAAAACGACACGUCACAUAACUGACAACGACACGUUUGAUGACUGGCAAGCUGUUAGGAAAUGGCGUCGAAACCGUUUUGAUGCGGACCUUUAAUUGCCUUUGUCGUCAAUCAGGCCUGGCAAUUCAAAUUAUUGACUUUUUAAAAAAUAAUUUCUAAAUACUGACGUUUAAUAUGGUUUUCACUUUUCUAUAUCUAGUUCACAUAUCCUGGAGUGACUGGUCUGCAUGGUCCGACUGUUCUCAGUCAUGUGACAGAGGCAGAAUAAGUAGACACAGGUUAUGUAAUGUACCUCCGCAUUUAACUGAUGGCAUUUGUAUUGGUGGCGAUACAGAAACAGAGGAGUGCGUCAUUCGCGAGUUUUGUCCAUUUGAUGGUCAAUGGGCUUUGUGGUCGACAUGGAGCACCUGUUCUGGGUCCUGUGGUGACGGCGUGGAGACCAGAAACCGAUCCUGCUCCGAUCCAGCUCCUGCUUAUGGUGGAAAGGUGUGCCCGGGACAUGACAUUGAAACAAACCCAUGCAACUUGCAGCAAAGUGUCAAAUAUGACUGCAGUGAUGUGUUAAAACUGGGCCUGUCACACGGUUCGGGUGUGUACAGAAUCACGCCCUGGAACACGCACAAGGAAGUGGAUGUUUACUGCGAUAUGGACACCGAUGGUGGUGGGUGGACGGUGUUUCAAAGACGAUUCGAUGGGUCUAUUGAAUUCAACAGGAGUUUUGUGGAGUACGAGCAGGGUUUUGGCUCACUGGAUGGUGAAUUUUGGAUGGGUAAGUUUUUACGUUAAGUUUUAAAG